AGUUUAUUUUAUUUUAAAAAGUUUACUUUGUUGUUAUUUAGAGUUGAUUUCAAUUCUACAUGAUCUGACAAAGAAACGAUGAGUUUAAAUUUUCAUCUGAUUUGUGUCAGUAAUAAAAGUCAGAUUUGCAUUUAAAGCAUGCUGUACUGAGAGUUGGAAGGAGUACAACUAUUGCAUGUGCUUCAAAUAAAUCCUUCUGUGGGACUUGAGUGAGAAAUAGUUUCAUACCUAUGCACAGUUUCAGUGCGUGUGUGUGUCUCAGUUGACCUGCUCAAGAAUACUGAGUGUGAUUUCUUAAGAAGUUAGAUAUUAGUAAAAAUGUAAAUGUGAUCCAAACCACUCUGGUAACUUUUUGACUGAUGAUUUAUUGGAGUUAAAUUGAGAAUGCAGUCAGUCAAGAAACGAGCAAAGUGUGGAUGAGAGGUUACAAUUGUUGUAACUAGGGCAAGAAGAGUGGGUUUCCUAUUUGUUGUUUCUUUAAAUAUUUCAGAACUGACUUCAAUGCUUUCAUAGGGCUCAUGCUAAAAGAAAAAAAAAAAAGCCAGUUUCCUGUCAUACUACUUGUUUUUUCUAAUAGAUCUAUACUCCAAUUCCCUCAUUUGUCAGCCUUCAGUAGGCUCCACAGUGAACCCUUCUUGACCGGUUUUUCUCCUGCUUUCUGGAAAAGAGCAGUUUGUUUGGCCAACUGACCUUUUUCCUUUCUGUAAGGGGCAGUAGCUAUUUACCUAUGCUAAAGGCAGGGAAGGUUUUAUUUGAUUUUUGAUAUCCAUAAUACAAAAAAUGUGUUAAUAGGAGGAAUUUACUUGCAGGUAACCAGGUCCAGCAGUUACACCAAAAAGUCCCAGUUUCAGGUGGAAGAAGAAGAUAUUGAGAAACUAGAAGUCAGAAAUGUCAGAGAGGGUUGACCUAUGGAAUAAUGGGAAUCUGGUACAAGACAUCUUUUUAGGAGAAAUUAAGGUUCCUGUGAAGGUGUUAAGAAAUGAUUCCUUUCAAGCAUGGUACUUACUUCAGCCAAGGGAAAAUGGAAACAAGUCUUCUAAAACUGAUGAUUUGGGAUCACUUAGGUUAAAUAUCUGUUACACUGAAGACUGUGUACUUCCAUCUGAGUACUACACUUCUCUAAGGAACUUGCUGCUAAAAUCUUCAGAUGUUCAGCCCAUUUCUGCAUCUGCUGCCUACAUUCUGAGCGAGGUGUGUCGAGACAAGUGCGAUGCUGUGCUGCCCCUGGUACGGCUGCUGCUGCACCACCAUAAGCUGGUUCCCUUUGUUGCAGCAGUGGCAGAACUGGAUCUGAGGGACACCCAAGAAGCAAACACAAUCUUCAGAGGCAACUCAUUAGCAACUCGGUGUGUGGAUGAAAUGAUGAAAAUAGUGGGGAAGCACUACCUAAAGGUUACUUUGAAACCUGUUAUUGAUGAGAUAUGUGAGUCACCUAAACCCUGUGAAAUAGAUCCCAUCAAAUUAAGAGAGGGGGAUAACGUGGAAAUUAAUAUGGAAAAUCUCCGCUAUUACGUGGACAAAGUGUUCCGUGAAAUCGUGCGGUCGAGUAUAAGUUGUCCUACACUAAUGUGUGAUGUGUUUUAUUCUUUGAGGCAUCUGGCUGCCAAAAGAUUUCCAAAUGACCCUCAUGUACAGUAUUCUGCAGUGAGCAGCUUUGUGUUUCUUCGUUUCUUUGCUGUAGCCGUAGUCUCACCUCAUACUUUUCAUUUACGACCUCACCAUCCAGAUGCACAGACUUCUAGAACAUUAACUCUUAUAUCAAAAGCCAUCCAGACUUUGGGGAGCUGGGGAAGUUUGACCAAAAGCAAACUUUCAAGUUUCAAGGAGACAUUCAUGUGUGAAUUUUUCAAAACAUUUCAAGAAGAACAAUUUACUGAAUCUGUUAAAAAGUUCCUGGAUGAUGUUUCCUCUACUGAGAGUAAAGAGCCCAGUGGUGUGAGCGAGCCAGUACAUCUAAAAGAAGGAGAAAUGUACAAAAGAGCUCAGGGAAGGACUCGGAUUGGUAAAAAGAAUUUCAAGAAGCGAUGGUUCUGUCUAACAAGUAGAGAAUUCACAUACCACAAACAGCAAGAUAAAGAACCAAUUUUCACUAUUCCAAUCAAAAACAUCCUUGCAGUGGAGAAACUUGAUGAGAACUCCUUCAACAAGAAAAAUAUGUUUCAAGUACUCCAUGGAGAAAAGCCACUCUAUAUCCAAGCCAAUAACUGUGUAGAAGCCAGCGAGUGGAUAGAGGCUCUGUGCCGGGUGACCAGGUGCAACCAGAGGAGGCUGAGCUUCUACCACCCCUCUGCUUUCCUGAACGGGAGCUGGCUGUGCUGCAAGGCCACGGCCGAGAGCACCGAGGGCUGCGCGCGCUGCACCGCAGAUGUUCCUGCUGAUACUCAAAUUGAGAUUGAUGGAGACAGAGAGACGGAAAGAAUUUACUCCCUUUUCACCAUCAACAGGUCUAAAUUACAGAAGUUGGAAGAGGCUUGUGGAAGUAUAGCAGUCUAUCAAGGUCCUCGGAAAGAACCAGAUGAUUAUUCCAACUUCACCAUAGAAGAUUCUGUAGCCACUUUUCAUACACUUCAGCAGAUAAUAGAUAUAAUAGAAAAACUGGAUGAAUCACAUGAAAAAUACCAGAAGAAGAGAUCAUCUAGUGCCAAAUACGGUAGUGAAGAAAAUCCAAUUGUUGGAAAAGUUUCCUAACAAAAACCAACUGGCCCACUUGGAUGAAAAAAGAAACUGGAAAUGUUCUAGUGUUUUGGUUUUUUGUUUGUUUUUUUUUUUAAUUCACUAUAUGCAUUUUUGCAAAAUAUUUAAGAAUGAACAUAAAUGCUAGUUGUGUUGACAAUCUAUUUAAUAUUUAAGAGAAAAAUACCUUCUUGGAAAUCUGGUUUUUAAGGUUUAUUCUCAUUUUGCUGAAGAACUUGAAGUUCCAGGUUCUUGAAAUAACAGAUGUGAAUAAAUCUAAAGGUUGUUUUGCCAUUGUUUUCUUAUUGGAAAGAACUUUGUAAAGAAAUAAGCUUUUUCAUGGAAGAAAAUCCACACUGCAUUUGUUGGUUGGAUUACAUCUCAGUACAUACACUGCAAACUUACAUGAGUUUACCAUGAGUGCCUGCCCUGCUGAUACGGAUCUCGAAAUAGAAAUCCCAGGAUCUUAUGAUGUGGAAAAGAUCUGAAGCUUUACACUCAAUACAUUUGACUUUUUUUUUUCCUUGUAUUAGGUGUUGUCAGGACUUGGUUUAUCUACAGUUGAAGUUCUACAGAACCAUGCAGUAUGCUGCAAAUAAUCUGGACAGCAAAUACCAGUGUUAGUUGAGUUAUUAAGUACUAAAGAAGAAAUCAGGGAACUUACGUUGUACCUCUUGUUUACAUUUGGAGUGAGUAAUAUAUGGAGUGACUUUAGACCACUAUCUAUUUUCUUUAGCAGUUUUUAAGGUACAUAUUUUUACUUAAUCUGAAAAGAAAUGCAGGGUAGUAACAUUCUUGUUAAAUAGGUUUGCCUUCAGAUAGAAAAAUUGAAGUGUGAACAGAUUGUGGUUAAGUACUGAUCAAUUAACAUCAUCCCAUGUAUGAUUUAACUUCUUUUUAUAAAAAGUAAUAACUACGUCCAGCUCAACUUUUGACUACAAAUCUAAUAAAUAAUCUCUAUUAUAAUCACUCAAAGCACUUUAGAUAUCUGGACUAUCCCAGAUUAUUUUUAGAUACUUUGUAGUAUCUGCUUGUUAUGAUCAGUUGAAUGAUCAACAUUGUUUUGUCUUUAAACAAUGCUUCAGUGAAUAUUUUUGUAUCUUUAGUUACAUAGAUUCGUAUUUGCCACUUAACAUGAUUUUAAACUGGCAUUCCUGACUUCAGUAAGAUUAAUUUUUGCUCACUUUGUCUGAGAAGUUAGUUUUCUGCUGAGAAAAAGUAUAUGUAUAUAACCAGGAAGAAGCAAAGGUAUUACUGUGGCAACUUUGCUUCAUCAGUAUUAAAUACAAUGGUACUCCUUGGAAUAUUAUUUUUAAUAAAAGUUGUAUGUGGUACUUUUAUUUUUUAAAGCAUUUUCUGUGGGGUCUUUUGUUGUUUUGUGGGGUAUUUUUUAGGUUUUGUUUUGUUUUUCCAAUCACAAUUUGGCCAAAUUAAUUAGGAAUGUAACUUAGACUAGAAAUCCACAAUGCUUGAAACAGUAAGGUGUUGGAAUUACCACACAUUUAUUAUACUGUUGGAAGAAGGCUUUCUAUAAUGGAAGCAAGGUGGUAAGACAGGAUUGAAAUUUCUUUGGAAUGAAUGUAACUUGUUAAAAUGACUUCAUUUUAAUACCAAGGUAUUUUAGAAUAUCUGGGAUUCAGUACUAGGACCUGCAACAUCACAAUCAUUUAAUCACCUCAGCUGGUUUUGUCUUUUCCUUUUUUUACACAUUUGAUGUGUUCAACAGGACUUUUAUUUGCCAACAGUUAAAAGUGAGGGAGAAUACAGCAAUGCAACUGGAUGUGUUUUGCCAAGGUAAAGAUAAAUUGCCAUUAAUCAAAAACUGCCAUUAAACAAAGUUGAAUGUGGUUGAGGGUCAGAAUUAUGGUUUGUUGUAUAUGAAUUAACCCAGUGGCAAACCCUCUUCCUUGGAGCCAUUUUCUGCUGUUUUCAAAUUAAAAUUUAUGAAAAAUUAUGUAGUAUACUCUUGCAAUGUUGGGGUUUUAUAAUAUGCACUUUUUUUUUUUUUUUGCUUUGGUACUGGAAUAUUGAGGAAAAAAAACCCAGAAGUCCAUUGAAUAUUUGUGACCCUUAAGAUUUGAUUUAUCAUUUUAUAAUGUUUUAAAGUACAGUAGAUGUUCUAGAAUUUAAUUAGGUACAAGUAGAAUAAUUAAUAAUAAAAGUUGCAUUCAUUUUGAUUAGUGUAGAAAAGUGAUGUUAUUCAGUAAUUAGUUCUGUUAGGAUUGUAAAAGUUUUAAUGUUAUUAUGAUGUAUUGUUGAAUGUAUUUUUAUUUAAAUUUUAUUUUCUUAUCAAGACAUUAAAAUGUUUUGUAACAUUGCUUGAGAAUAACUCAGAAAUAAAUUACAACAAACCUGA